UUAUUAAUCUGGGGUUGAAGGCCAGGCCAGUGUGGUUCUUGGUUACCAGCCUAAUUGGGCCUGACAUUGUUGCGGCAGCUGCCAGAAGCCUGAGCUGGAGGGCUCCCUUCCCUGCAUUGCCUCUGUGCUGGGUAAGGACCAUGUUCCUGUUUCCAUUACUCCCUGUCUUUCUCCUGAGUGUGGUGACAGUGGCCUCAGAAACAAAAACAUGUGAGGAUGCCCAGAAGACCUGCUCUGUGAUUACCUGUGGGAUCCCUGUCACCAAUGGCACUCCAGGCAGAGAUGGGCGAGAUGGACUCAAGGGAGAAAAGGGCGAGCCAGGUCAAGGGCUCAGAGGUUUGCAGGGCCCUCCAGGGAAACUGGGGCCUCCAGGAAAUACAGGGGCGCCUGGGGCUCCAGGACCAAGAGGCCAAAAAGGAGAUCGUGGAGAUAGUUCGGCUGCUGAGACUAAACUGGCUAACUUAGAGAGAGAGAUAAGGAACCUGAAAUCAGAAUUGGACCGCAUCAAAAAGUUGCAAGCCUUCUCUUUGGGCAAAAAGUCUGGAAAGAAGUUCUACGUGACCAAUGGUGAAAAUAUGCCUUUUUCCAAAGCGAAGGCUUGGUGCACAGAGCUCCAGGCCACUGUGGCUGCCCCCAAGAAUGCUGAGGAGAACAAGAACAUCCAACAGGUGGCCAGAGACAAUGCCUUCCUGGGUAUCACAGAUGAGGUUACAGAAGGCCAGUUUAUGUAUGUGACAGGAGGGAGGCUAACCUACAGCAACUGGAAGGCGAGUGAGCCUAAUAACUAUGGCUCAGGGGAGGACUGUGUGAUUCUCUUGAAGGAUGGACUCUGGAAUGAUGUUUCCUGCUCGUCCUCCUACCUGGUUGUCUGUGAGUUCCCAGCCUAAAGCACCUCAUUUCUCUGGCCCUUCCUUGUCUCCCUGCUGAGCUCUAUGCUGCUUCAAAAGAGAAUUCAGUGCUGGUUUCCCAUGGCUAGAGAUAAGUCAUUCCUGUUUGGAGAAGGAACUAGAGUGAAGGAGGCAUAUUUAAUUGUGGGAUGGGGAAAUGGCAGAAGCUAACUAUGGGGCACAAGAAUCUGGUCCAGCCCAGGGGCAUUGUCUUAUCAGAACAGUACUGAAGCAGAUUCAGCCAUUGGAAGGGCCAAAUAAACUCUCUUCUUUUACAGUGAGGACACUCAACCUGCCAGAGAGACCCGUGGAGUGCCAUACCUGUGUUAGAAUAGAUAGUAGAUCUCAGGGACAAAGACAUCCAAUUCCUUCUUUCUAAUAAUUGCACUCCUUGGUGCCAAUUCUCCUUUCCUAAACCCUUUCCCAGGGCCAGCCUAGCACUCUUCAUGCUAUGGAUAUUGUCUCUUGGUUUCAUGAGUCACCCCCGGGCACCUUCCACUUUCUGACUAUAGUAUCUGGCAAUAUCCAUACGAGUGACAACUAUUAGUCCUAAGAAUCCCCUUACCCCACUCAACUUCCUGUGGCUUUUCUUUAGCCACUAGAGUGAACUUAAGGGCAAAGAAUAUCUUUUCCUUCCUGCAUAAUUUUAAGGGGAUGAUUCAGCAUCAUGGUACAUACCAGCAGCAUGGGAGGAGACAAUUGCAGGGUGUGCCCUUCUCACAGACAUUGUUAGUCUCUGUCCCCAUUGUCCCUUCCUUUCAUGGUAACAGUCUAUCUCCAUUGUGGGUCAGUGUCCCAUUAUUAGUAUACACAAGAGGACAAACUCUCCCCAAGUGAGUUCUACACCCUAAGGGUACAAUUCUGCAGGACCAGCCAAUCAGCAAAUGCAAUCUCCUCUGAGCAGCAUUCUGCUGUGGUUUUGGCUCAUGAUUCUGCUUAACCAUGGAGGUUUUUCAACUACCUCAGGGUGAGGAGAUCUGAGAUUUCAAAGCAUCUAUGCAGCAAACCAGGAGAAGAGGAUGAAUUGCAACUCCAGCUGCAUGCCCAUCACAAAAUGAGAUUGGAAAAUAAUUCAUAAAUGGAACAAGGGCCACUUUCACUUAGUGAAAAGUUUUUGGUAACCUUUGUUUUCUGCUUUAUUUCUCUUUGUAUCUGAACUACCAAGAGAAGCACUCGGUGGCUAAUAACUCUAGACUAAUAUUUGUUAAAUGAAUAUAUCAAAGAAUUACAAAUGAACAAAUGGAUCGGCUACCGAGAAGUGACUGUCAGGCCAUACUUCUUCCUGCCAGGAGGUGGGGGUGGGGGACCUCCUGCAGAACUGUUCAGGCAGGCAUGGGAGUUGGAUUGGGACAUGCUGAAGGUACUGGGGCCAGCAGGGUAAAAGUGAUAGGACUUUUGUCCUUGGCCUCUAGCACACCUAGAUUGUCACAUUACCAAAUUUUCUUUAGCUACUGUGAUUGGCAGUAAUGAAAACAUUUUUUUGUGAAAUACAGCAGAACAAUUCACUACUUUUAAUUGAAAUCCAGGCUACUUACCAAUGGCAUUGGAAACUGCUUAAAACUUAGAGGCACCUAUGAAACCAUGUAUUAAGGAAAAUAGAAAAAGGAAAGACUAGAGACUUUUUAGAAAAUGAAAAAUAUAUAUGUAUGAUGACCCAGAAUGACUGUAACCAGAACAUAAGUUUCACCUAAAUUUUCUCACAGCUACAACAGCUAAAUUUUCUCACAGCUACAAUAGGUAACUCUUACAUAAUUCUUUCUUAUUUAUGGUAAGGGUGAGGGGUUGUUAUGGUAUACCCAAGACGAAUGUCCCUUUUGUUAUACCGUGCAUAAAGGACAGUCUCUAUGCUAUAAAACUGCAGAAGAUGCAGUUUUGUCAGCUGCAGGGAUGGUUUCCCAACAGGUGAGGGUCACCGGCUCAGUUCCGGAAAUGCAAUAAAAACUUUUAGGACAAGCUCAA